AUACGGAGUGUGCGCUUGAUGGGGCGAGCUGAUUGAUGAGGCGCCAAGCAGCGUGUCUGUGGUUGAGCGCAAUCCACGGGGUCAGUCACAGAGAGUCAGCCCAACAGACAUCCGCCCGAGCAAGGGAAUAAUAGGGCAGGCCUCGGUGACACGAGCAGGGGCAGAUCCCGAAACGGCAGAAAGGGACUGAGAGCCGGUUGGGUGAGGCCGUGGAUGGAUGGAUGGAUGACUACCUAGAUGACUGGGCGAGUAGGCGACAAGAGGGAUCAGGCUAUGUAUGGGCGAAUACCCAGGCAAUUCGACAGGAGCCAGCUGGCACAACAACAGUCGUCGACAGCCCUUUCGGGCCUGCUUCCCUCCGGACCACGUAUCUCUCCCUCUGCCUCUCUGCAUCUCUGCCUCUUUAUUAUCCAUGCCGGUUGCUUGGUGCGAAUACGCUUUCCAUGGCGGCGGUCAGAUCAGAGCUAUGUUAUGGGCUUCUCGAUUCGGCGGUAUCACCACCGCACACUACGUAGUAGGCAGAGAUAACGAUAGAGCCAGAGGCGCUCCACCACCCUUACUUUCACACACACACCCCCGACUGCUGAUAAGCAACUUACCUCUCCCAAGCGGGUCGGCAUGGGAUGGAAUUGCAUGGGAUAGGACAGACGGCAUGGGGAGAAGCGGGAUGAUAUGGGGAGAGGCGGGAUGCACGCGCAGCCGAGAAGCUACUCGCCGGCUUCCCAAUGACCUGCUUUCUUUGUCCAUGGUCAUCGGCCGGCAAUUCACACAACACCCCAGAGUCAUCCCUGGGGGGCUUAUCCAUCAUCCCGUGCUGUGUGCAACGUGAAAUGUGAGCGCGUGGGAUGUGCGUUCCUCUAGGGGUCAACAGACUCGGAUCUUGCAAGGGAUUCAAACCUCGCGUUUGCAGUCAGCCUGAGUCAACGUCAGACCCAGAGAUGUGUGACAAGUUGCCGUUGAACCCAACGGAGCCAUCGGCGAACUCCCGAUUCUUCUCCGACCAACCCGACCGG